AUCUCAUCUCGCUUAUCAGGCACGGUGAGUGACGUUCGGCCAACGUGUUUGUUCAACUUUAUUUAGUGUUAAACAUAAUUUGCCGGCCGCCAGUAGUCGACGCACGGGUGCUGCGGUACGCCAGUCGAGAGCACAACACGCUACGAUCACAGAACUUUACAAACUGAAGCCAAUAUGACGGACACCAUUUCUGCCAGUCUCCAGCCGGGCGCUGAUAUCCGGCCCAUCAUCGAUCACGAGGGUGUCAAGCUUCUCGCUGAGAGGCUGUACGGCAUCUCAGUGCUGGAGUUGGUGGAACUGAACGGCUACGAUGACAAGAAUUAUAAAAUCACGGAGGACCCCAACGUUAAGAACCCUUUAAUCACCAGCCACAGCCCCCACGGCUACGUGCUGAAGAUUAUGAACUCAAUGGACUCCCAGGACGUCAGUGUCGUAGAAGCGCAGAAUGAGAUUAUGAACUUCCUGAAUACACGUUCAGUAACUUGUCCAAAGCCAGUGCGCAAUGUAUUCGGACAUCUGCAUUCGAUAGAAACAAUUAGCGGCAAGAGGCACGCGGUGAGGUUGUUGGAGUUCGUCCCCGGGGAGAUCCUGAAGAACGUACCGUUGACUGAGUCGCUUCUAUAUCAGUUGGGAGAGUUCGUGGCUAACUUGGAUAAUAAGCUGCAGAACUUCAAUCACUCGGGCCUGGUGUCUCGGGAACACAUCUGGAUGCUGAGCAAGGUCCCGGAGUUGGACAAGUUCAAAUACGUCAUCAAGGAUUCGGAAAAGCUGGACUUAGCUGAGGAGGUGAUCGAAGAGUUCAAGUACGCAGUAGUGCCACGUCUGGAGGAGCUGGAGCGCGGCGUCAUACACGGGGACGUUAACGAGAUGAAUAUCCUCGUCGUGGCCAAACCUGGUGGAAGUCAGUCAGACUAUCGCAUCUCUGGUAUCAUAGACUUCGGUGAUAUCCAGUACUCGUACUACGUUUUCGAGCUGGCCAUCGCGAUGACGUACGCGAUCCUGGUGAGUGGAAACCCAGCGUCUGGAGGUCUGGUCCUCGCCGGGUACACUGUCAACAGGAGGCUGCCCGAUGAAGAAUAUAGGCUGCUGAAGACUCUAAUAUCUGCACGUCUAGUCCAAAGCCUAAUCUUAGGCGCGUACACUGCAGCGCAAGAUCCGAAAAACACGUAUGUAACAUCAACAGAGAAGGCCAAUGGAUGGGAGCUACUUCGGAAGAUCAGGAAAACUAAGCCCACCGACCAGGACCCUAUCGACUGGAAGAGCAUUGCCAAUGACUACCUUACCAGAAGUUAACUCAUCAAUCUGACACUUAAAUUAUAAUCAUUAUGAUGGAUAGAUUAAAAAAGAUUACCAGGCGCCCACAAAACUACAAGAGUUCUCAAAUUGGUUAACCAUUAAUUUUCUUUUCUAGGUUUGCCAAUGGAGAACUCUUACGGAUUUAUGCAAACCUGCGGGUCUACUAUGAAAUGAAAUUCCGAAAUUUCGGACUCAAUUUCGUGCUUUUGUUUAUAGCAAAAUCGGACCAAUAAAUGGAGUUUAACAUUUCGUUCUUCAUAUCAUAAAAGUCCAAAGGAACAAUAUUUUAACAUUUUUAAUAUUUCCAAACGGCAUGUAUUAUGUAAUUUUAACAUCAAAUUUCUGUUUCGUUCGGCUCCGAAAUUUCGAAAAACAUUUCAUGGUAGGUCCUCAGGUCGUAAUCUUUUAUUUUUUCAUAUAGUACUCGUAAAGUACUUAUGUAUACAAUAAUAUAAAAUUUUAGUGUAUAUUUUUUACAGUGCAAUCAUGAAUUCAUAUUUUUAAGCUUUGAUAAAAACAAAUUAUUCCUGCUUAUUAAUUUAUCAUUGUUAUUUUUUAAAUUAUUAGUAUGACUUACCAUCUUGAGGUCUCAAGGCUCAAGUCGCAAGCGUUAGCUGCUUACCAUCUGACAGGCCGUAUGCUUCAUUGAUUCACUGUAUAAAAACUAAUGUAGAUAGUGCUUAAGUGUUUGUUACUCUGUACAAAGUAGGUAUUUAGGAUUAUGGGAUUGUAUUAUAUUUUUAUUUCAUUGUUUAAUUAGCGAUAUUUUGAUAUCACAGUUUGCAUUAAAUAUAUUUAUAAUGAAGUCAAUUACGUAGUAAGAGAGAAUAGACGUAAGAACAAUAUUAAAUUAAGACAAUAAAUGAUUUAAAUAUG